AUGCAGGCCAAGCCGCGAAUGGAGAGCAGCGCCGUCGCGGACGACAAGACGGGGGGUCUGGCGGCCAGCACCACGCGCACCAGCACGGGGGCUUUCCUGGAUGAGAGCCAGGACGAGGUGGUGGCCGCCAUUGAGAAGCGCGUGGCGCAGGUCACGAUGCUGCCCAAGCGUGAGCGCAGACUGGGGAGGUGA